AUGGCGAUGCACGUACCGACAGCGCCGGGCUUUGCCCAGAUGUUAAAAGAUGGUGCUAAGCACUACAGCGGAUUGGAAGAAGCCGUCUAUAGGAACAUAGAUGCUUGUAAGGAGUUAGCCAAGACCACACGAUCAGCCAUGGGUCCACUAGGUCAGAAUAAGAUGGUCAUCAACCAGUUGGAGAAGUUGUUUGUGACUAAUGAUGCUGCAACUAUCCUUCGUGAGCUGGAAGUUCAGCAUCCUGCAGCCAAGAUGUUGGUGAUUGCCUCGCAUCAACAGGAGCAGGAAGUUGGAGAUGGCACUAAUUUCACACUUGUCUUUGCUGGAGCUCUCCUGGAGCAGGCAGAAAGUCUGCUUAGAAUGGGUUUGUCUGUGACAGAGGUGACUGAUGGCUACGAGAUGGCAGCCAAAAAAGCUCAAGAUCUCCUUCCAGAUCUUGUGUGUGGAGAAAUCAAGAAUCUGAGAAACAAAGAGGAUGUAAAGAAGAUUGUCAGAUCUGCUAUCAUGAGCAAACAGUAUGGCAAUGAAGACUUCCUAGCAGAUCUUGUUGUGGAUGCCUGUAUAUCCAUUUUACCACAGAAAGUGAGCUUCAAUGUGGAUAAUGUCAGAACCUCAAAAAUUCUGGGAAGUGGGAUCAACAACUCAACAGUAAUCAGAGGAAUGGUGUUCAAACGAUUGGUGGAGGGAGAUCUGACUAAGGCAGAGAAAUGUAAAGUGGCUGUCUAUUCCUGUCCUCUUGAUUCCAUGCAGACAGAAACUUCGGGUAAGGUAUUGAUCAAAUCUGCUGAGGAACUGCAAGCAUUUAGCAAAGGAGAAGAAAAUUUAAUGGAAGAACAAAUCAAAUCCAUAGCUGAUACUGGCUGUAAAGUGGUGGUUUCUGGAGGAAAGGUUGGGGAGCUUGCACUACAUUUCUGUAACAAGUACCAAUUGAUGGUGGUGAGGCUAAUGUCCAAGUGGGACCUUAGGAGACUGUGCAAGUCUAUAGGAGCCACACCCCUACCUAGGAUUACACCACCAACAACAGAAGAAAGUGGAUACUGUGAUCAUGUGUAUGUAGAUGAGAUUGGAGACACUUCUGUUAUUGUGUUCAAACAAGACAAGGAAGAGAGUGCUGUGUCAACUAUUAUUGUCCGAGGCUCCACAGACAAUAUUCUGGACGAUGUUGUACGGGCUGUUGAUGAUGGUGUCAACACAUUUAAGGCAUUAACAAAGGAUGUAAGAGUUGUACCAGGAGCUGGUGCCACUGAAAUAGAAUUGGCCAAACAACUGACUACAUAUGGAGAGGGUCGUCCUGGUCUAGAGCAAUAUGCAAUUAUGAAGUUUGCAGAAUCUUUGGAAGUCAUUCCACGAGCUAUAUCUGAGAAUGCUGGAGCAAAGGCCACUGAAGUGCUGUCCAAGCUCUAUGCUGCUCACCAGGAGGGGAAAAAGAAUGUUGGGGUUGACAUAGAGGCCAGUCCAGUUGAUGUUGCUGAUGCUGUAGAGAAGGAAAUCUUAGAUCUGUACAUUAACAAGUUCUGGGGCAUAAAGUUUGCCACAGCAGCUGCCUGUACUGUACUCAAAGUGGACCAGAUCAUCAUGGCUAAACCAGCAGGCGGACCAAAAGCAAAGGAGAACAAGAACUGGGAUGAUGAUUAAACUACUUGAACAUAUUAGGAAAUUAUCAAAGGACAUUCAUGACGGCAUCCAUUUUUUUUUUAUAUAUAUAUUCACCUGUUGUCGAUGAAAGCGCUUUGGAUUUUUUUGGAGAAUGUUGAAAAGUGAAGUAUGUUAGAAGAUGUGUAAGGGAAAGAAAGGCGAGUGCAGAAGAGUGUUUUGAACUUUCAUUUGCAUGUGUGGAAUAUCUAAUAUCUAGACCAAAUUGAGCAAGUGAUAUCCGUUUGAUAUUAUUUUUCAGAAUAUAUUGGUAGUGAAUCACUUCAGUACAACCAUAAUAUAGUUAGGCCUUUGUUGUACUUAUUAAGUACGGUCAAACUAGACUAAAAUGUUUUCACAGAAUUACACUGCCGUGCAUUGUACCAACUUUACUUUGAUAUUAUGUGUCAUACAAGGAAAUUAUUGGUGACUUGGAUUGAAUGUAGCUAAGGAAAAACAGCUUGGUAAGUGCACAAAUCGAACACUGUUCUUGAAUCAUAUCUCCUUCAAAACAAAACUAGAGUUUAUUUCACAUAUUGCUCUGAAUUGUUCAGCUACCGGUACAACCUAGUGCUAUAUGGACAUACUGUAUAUCCAAUCAUUUGAUUAGGGCUGCAGUCUCUGUGUGUGGUGUGAGUGUAUUAUUUAUACUUGUCAGCUUUGUACCUUCAAAGUCAUGUACUCUUUUGAAUUCCUUUUUUAUGUGAUCGCAAUUUUUGUCCCAAAAAAAAAGUACAAAAUUGAAUAGUA